AUGGAGGAUUGCUCCUUUCCUCAGGACUCAUUGUUCCUAGGUUUUGAUUGCUCCACUCAGUCACUGAAGGCAACUGUGUUAGAUGCUUAUCUUAACAUAAUUAUAUCAGAACUUGUGAACUAUGAUUCUGAGUUGCCUCACUACAAUACCAAAGGUGGAGUCUUUAGAGACCAAAUUGUUAAUGGUAGAAUUGUAUCACCAACAUUGAUGUGGGUGGAAGCAUUAGACUUAAUUCUCCACAGACUUGAAAUGUCAAAUUUGAACUUUGGAAAAAUUGCUGCUGUUUCUGGUAGUGCUCAGCAACAUGGUAGUGUUUAUUGGAAGAAUGGGAGUUUUGAAAUACUAUCAUCAUUGGAUCCUAAAAAACCACUUGUGGAUCAGUUUCUUGAUGCUUUUUCAAUCGAAAAAUCCCCCAUAUGGAUGGACUGCAGCACAACAGAACAAUGCAAAGCUAUUGAGAUAGCU